CUAUCAAUGCCAUGUGGCUUUUUUGUCUUUGUAGAUGAGCUGUGGGAAGCGGUGAUUAGAUGUAUUUAACCUCCUUUUGAGCAUUUAGCCUGCAGAUGCUCUAAACAUCAGGCCUCUGCAGUUCCACAGCUGUAGCAGCGUGUAAAGGAUGAGAUUGCAGUCUGUCCUUUAGCUGCAGGAUGGGCUGAGCUGUAACAGCACUACCAGACCCAUAACUAAUGAUCUCCAUACAUGAGCUGCCUCGUUUCAUGGUAUGAAUUAAUUAUUAUCACUAUUGCUGGCUUUCUGAGAAAUAUGUCAUCCUGCUGAGAAGAGAAGCGAUGAGUUUAAGGUGAUCAGCCUUUCAUUCAUUAUACUGCACAUAUCUGGUACUGCAUCACAUUGUAUCUCCUUGGAUGAAGGUGUACCUUGGAUCAAGAACAGAGACAUUGCACUGGAUCGAAAGUUCCAAAUAUCAUAUCUGAUUUUGUAAAGACUGAUGAUGAUCGGUUCCAAUAGAAGUGGAGCUCAGGCUGGAGGUUUCUUGUUUCUAGGAUGGAGUUACCGCUGCUUUGCCCUGUGUAAAGUUUAACUCGGAGCGAAGUGUUAUCUGGCCGUGUGGGGGGGACAUCGGUAUCAGCCCCGCACCUCCCGGCACAGGGGGAUCUCUACACCAGGCGACAUGUGGAAGCAGAACAAGAGCAAAGUUCUCAUUGAGGAUUCACCUGAUGAAGAGAAUCACACUCAGCCGGACCUACAGAGCAAGGACCAGCUGCUCCAAGCUGACCUACAGUCUCCUGUGUCACAGCUUGCUACAAAGGUUCAAGGUGCCAGUUUCCGAGGCUGGAAGGAUGUGACUUCCAUAUUUAACAAAGAUGAUGAGCAGCAACUGUUGAAAGCAUCCAAAUCUCCGAAGUCUAAAGCAGCUUCUUUGAAGACAAAAGAGGAAGCAAAGACAGAGAAAAAAUCCGGUUUCUGGGACAGUUUGGCAAUAAAACAGAACGUUCAACCAAAGAAAGCAGAUGAGAUUGAGGGCUGGGAUCCCCCCCAGAUAAUGGUGGAAGAGGAGCCAAGAUUUACGGAAGACCCUCUUGAUGAUAAUCACUCCUGGCCUGGCUGGGAGGAGGAAACAAAAGGUUCAUCUAAGUACACAAAUCUGGCUAGUCCAGGGAAUUCAUCUAGGUGGAGUAUUAAGUCAGCGGGCAAAUUGGUUAGUAUUAGGAGACGGAGCAAAGGUAACCUGACUGAGAGCUGGGAGGAGCUAGAAUGACGGCAUUGGCAGUUUCACAAUAUGCAAUAUUUUCAAUGAGGGUAGCAGGUUUCGUAAGUUCCAUGCUGUCGUUUUUUUAACAGAAUACUCCCAAGUAUUAAAUAGCUAUGUACUUUUAUAUUUAUCUGAAUCCUACACUAAAUUUGCACUCGUGUUCUUAAUUUUCAAAUUAGAAGUAAAAAAUAGUUCACAUUUCUCUCUGAGAGCCCACCUGAGAAAUGUUAUGGUGGCAUUACUUGUGCCUACGGGACAGUCCGAAACCUGACUGUAGUUGGUUUCACCAGAAACAGUAAUUCCUUAGUGAAUGUAUACACUGGCUAUAACUUAGACUGCCUUAUACUGUUACCAGUAAAGGGUAAAAUUUGCCUUGCACAUUAACCUGUCAAGUGCCUGUAUUUCACCUUGAUAAUGUAUUUGUGAUGCACAGCUUAAUUUAUUAAUAAGUUAAUUUUACCUGUUUCUGUUGCUUUU